AUGGCCGAAUCUGACCUACCUGAAGAUGUUAUAGUCAAUAUCUUGUCUUGGCUGCCCGUCAAAUCCUUGAUCCGAUUUACCUCCGUUUCAAAACGCUUCCGAUCCAUUAUACUUUUCGACCCCAAAUUCGCCAGAUCUCAGUUUAAAGCAGCUUGUCAGCUGAAAACCCUAGGUCGCAGACUCCUCUUCUCCACCGACACCCCUCAACUCGAAUCCCUAGACUUGGAUGCUCCGUGGUUUGGAGACAUUUCCUCCGUCAGAAAGCUCAGUUUCCCUCUCAAGGAACCGGCCUUUGAUGUCAGGCUACUGGGCUCGUGCAAUGGUUUGGUGUUUGUAGCGGUUGUAGUCUGUGAUGAUUUCAAGCUUUACAUCUGGAACCCAUUAAUGGGAUUCUUCAAGGAGUUGCCCCAGCCAGGUUUGUCUACCCUGCCGGUCUAUUACGGUGUUGGCUAUUUGUCUGCCACCGACGACUACAAACUUUUCGCAGGCUCUUAUGGGAAAGAGAUCGAGAUGUUCUCCUUGAGAGCUCAUGUUUGGAAAACAAUCCAAAACCCUGGCUAUAACAGAGGCAAUAUGUUGGCGUGA